ACGGAGCCCCUUAAUAAAGUUACAGCUGCCUUCACCCCUCUACGCAUAGAACUGUUAGGGUUUCAGAGAGUUGAAGAAAGGUGCCAUUUCAUUUUUCUAUCAAUCAUUUAGAUAAGUACUUGUAAGAUGAUAUGAUGUUCGGAAGAAUUGCAUCUGUUGCUACUUCAUUCUACUCAGAUCGAUCCACGAGCGAGGCAACAGUACCCAGUUCAUGGAUCAUUGUUUCAGGUCUCGUCAGAUGGAAAUCGUUAAUGAUGUCUUAUAUUUCCUCGCCUUUUCUGUUAUGCUUUGCUCUAUUGUUAGUCCUGAUGAUGGGUCAGUGUAGAUCUUCAACGACCGUGAUUUCCUUGAUUAAACACAGGUUGUUUCAUUGCAUUACGGCAGAAAUUUUGGGUUAAAAAGAGGGACCAAAAGGGUUUUCAUCCAUCCCGAUAGUGUGAUGGCACUGAGAAAUGCUGCACCCAUCUCUAAUCUGUCAAGAUGGAAGUUAAAUGCUGUUGUCCAAGCUGUUCUUGAUGAGACAUCAUUUAAACAUGUAUCACAAAUAAAAGGAGAGGGAUCUCACUUCCAUCUUCUAGAUGCUGUGCUUCCUUUCUAUAACCGUGAUUCAUACUCCUUUGUCUUCAACAACAUUUCUCUCCACUUUGGACUCUUCGAAAUAUUGUUUCUACUAGGCUUGCCUAUAAUAGGCAAACCUGUAACCGGCUCCGAUGUUUCUGUCAUUGAAGUUUGUAUAAAGUAUUUGGGAACAUCAUCCGGGUUGAUGGAAACAACAAUAAGAGCUAGACCUCAGAAAAAGGCUCCAUACGACUAAAGUGGUUGAGGGAAACAUUUGAAGAAGUUCCUGUUGGUAUUUCCCCCGGGUCAGAAGAGUUUAAUUACUAUGUUAGGGCAUACCUACUUUAUGUUAUAGGAUCAUUGAUUUGCCCUACUGCCCAUUGUGUUGAUGUCAUAUAUCUUACUCUCCUAGAGGGGAGCUGCCUUUUUGGCCAAUAUGCAUCAGUGCCUGAGGGAAGUAACCAUUGAUAGACACAAAAGAAAUUCUAUAAAUUUUCCAUCGUCGGUUUUGGAGAUUUUCUUUUAUGAGUACAUAAACCCAGCCUUCGGCUUCUUACUUUCAAGGCUGGGCUGUCUGAAACUGAAGAUGUGAUUCUUUCAACAAACUUUGUUUCCCCGUCAUUUCCGCUAAUAAAUGGUUGGUAUGAAAAGUUGCGAACAACAACUUUCAAUGCCAAAGGCAAGCCCAAGCGCAUCACAUAUGAAUUUUUUUUUCAUAACCUCCAGGACAAUCAAAUUCAGUGGGAUGCAUUUUCAAGGAAGAUUGACAUUCUUCCUGCUCAUCUUGCAGCUCAAAUGCAUUUUGGAUAUAGCAGGACAGUUGUAAUAUGCUAUCAAAAAAUAGCUUAUAACUGUCCUGAUCAAAGUCCAAAUCAAUACAGGACGUAUGAUGAGAAUCCCACUUGCUUCAACUGGCCACUCCCUCCCCAAAAGCCUAGUCAGAAAAAUAGAAAAGGUCCACGUACAAAUAAUUGGCGGACUGAGUUCAAAGAGGAGGUGGAAGCUUGGGAAUCCCAUGACAGAAGAUGCAUUUUUCAUGAUGAUCUUCAAGGAUGCCCCAAUAUGUUUCCUACUGAGAUUGUAAAUGAUAAUAACCCCGAAGAAGAGGAGAAUAAUGCAGCUCGAGCUUGUCUUGAUAGUGGAGAAGCUUCAAGAAUUACGCUCCAUAAGGAUACAAAAGUUGAAAAAGCAAGAGGAGGUUUGUCCAGCAUGAGAUUCCCCACCAGGUGUACAACCAAAACCACCACCAGGCAUGUCCCAGUCAACACCUUUGCAAGCUGACAUCUUCAUCUCAAAGAUUUCCAACAAUAGUACUUCAUCUACCGUUCUUGCUGGCGGACUACUGAGAGAAGUUUUUAUCAAUUUUAUUAAAUUAUAAAAAAAUUAAAUAAAUAUAUAUUUUUUUAAAAAUUAAACAAAUAUAACAUUAAAAUAAACAAAAGCCCCAAAUUAACCCCCCUUAUCGAACCCCAAAAUAAACAAAAGCCCCAAAAUAAACAAAAAUUUGGGGUAGCAGUAUUACCGCUACGGUGAAGUAUUAAUUUCACAUAUAUUAUACUAACAAUCAAGGAACGAGUCAAUAUCGCUUUUAGUAUUAAUGCUCAAAGAUAAGAAGUCACACAAAAUCAACACAUAAUUCCACAAUUAAUGUCAAAUACAAGGAACAUAAAGGAAAGAUCCAAAAUUAAACACAACUGAACAAUAAAAUUGUCAAAUAGUCAAGUACAAGAAGUGAACUAAUAAAGAAAAUCGUCAUCAUCUCCGGAUUCUCCAUCAAAUUCCAACAUGGGAGUCUAUUUGACAAUUUUAUUGUUCAGUUGUGUUUAAUUUUGGAUCCUUCCUUUAUGUUCCUUGUAUUUGACAUUGAUUGUGGAAUUAUGUGUUUGAUUUUGUGUGACUUCUUAUGUUUGAGCAUUAAUAUUAAAAGCGGUAUUGCCUCGUUUCUUGAUUGUUAGUUAUAAUAUAUGUGGAAUUAAUACUUCACCGUAGCGGUAAUACCGCUACGCCGCUACCUUCCGCUGCGACCAAUGUCGUGUAGCGUCGCAGUUUGUAGCGGCCGACCGCCGCUACCCGCUACGGUAGCGGUUUAGCAUCGCUACGGGCCGCUGCUGACAACCUAGGCUGGAGCAGCUGCAUUUGUGGUGGUAUGCAUCGUUGGUCUUCAUGUUAUGCUCACUCUUUGGGAUGCCAAUACAGUACCAUUAUAGUCUUUAUGUUAUGCUCACUCUUUGGGAUGCCAAUACAGUACCAUUGUAAUAACAUUGAGUAUCAAUGAAGUGCUGUGAUAUGCAUCGUUGGUGUUGGUCUUUAUGUUAUGCUCCCUCUUUGU